UUAGCCGAUUCGACCACUGAUUGUUCCCCGUUCGUCAAUUGUCCGCGUAGGGAACAAUAGACUGACGUUGCUGAGUCAGCGCCAACUAAUUGAAAGUUGGUCUUAAUUAACCGUGUGAUAGUGUUUGUUUUUUCGACAUGUUUUAAUUAGUGUGAAGUUGUUUUGGAAUUAAAACAAUGUCCGAUCACGAGCUAACUGAGGACGAUCACGAAAUAAACGUAUUGGACACUGACUCUAGAUUGUCGCACAGUGACAGCGAAGCCAGGAGUUCCAGAAGUCACUGUAGCAGCCCCGAGAACUCCACCACCCCGCACAGUUCCACCAACACCACGCUACCGUUCAGUAUUUCCAAUCUAUUGGGUAAGAAUUUCGAGCAGAAGCCCGAAAGUGAUAACGGGAGCCUCUACCAAAGUCCGGCGGGCAUCUUCCAGCAGAGGAGUACGCUGGGGUUGGUGCCGUCGGGGUUCUACGGACAGGGUGUUCUGCGAGUGCCGGCGCACAGGCCCCUAGGUGGCCCCGGAAGUCCCCCGGGGGCCAUGUUCAGUCCUUGGUCGCUGGGGCUGGACCCCGUCUUGCAAAGAUCAGCGGCGGCGGCGGCAUUUGCGUCGCAGGUUGUUAAAGACAGACUCGCAGCGACGUUUCCUAUGACGAGGCGGAUAGGCCACCCGUACCAAAACAGAACACCUCCGAAGAGAAAGAAGCCCAGGACGUCGUUCACUAGACUUCAGAUAGCAGAGCUGGAAAAAAGGUUUCACAAACAGAAGUACCUAGCGUCGGCGGAAAGGGCAGCCCUGGCGAAAACUUUGAAGAUGACCGACGCGCAGGUUAAAACGUGGUUUCAAAACAGAAGGACGAAAUGGAGAAAGAAAAUGAAAGAACCUGAAGAUACUGCAGGCUACAACAAUUUUGAGAAAGUUAGAACCUUGUCAUGUUGGCCCAAUUCUUACCCAUUGGAAAGGCGGCAGACGGCCGAAGAACGAGAAGCUGAACGUCAGGCAGCCAACAGACUAAUGCUCUCCCUGCAAGCAGAAGCUCUUAGCAAAGGCUACAUGAGCGAGGGUCCACCCCCACAGCCAGGCCCCGGAGAUGGGGCCCUCAACGCCCUGCAGAAUCUCCAGCCUUGGGCCGGGCCCUACAACGCCCCACAGCCGGCCUUAGCCGAGUCCAUGUGUUAGACGCCGAGGUUGCCAUCCUAAGAGACGAAUUUCGUGCAAUAAACCUAGUGAGGUGGACAGAUUGAGUGAGAGAGGGCUCGUGGAGUAGACAGCCACGCUUUGACCAUAAAAAAUUCAUUAUUUUGAGAAUCACGCACGUUUUAAAGUUUGUUGCAAGUUAAAUUAAAUAAAACGUUUAAAAACGUUUAAAUGCUGAAGCGCAUUUUUUGGAUUUAAACGUGUAUGUAAAAUAAUGAAAAGUUAAAAGUUUGUUGCAAGUUAAAUUAAAUAAAACGUUUAAAUACGUUUAAACGCCAGAGCACAUUUUUUUAAAUUUAAACGUGUAUGUAAAAUACUGAAAAUUUUAAAUUUUCGACAUGAAACUAGCCCAAAAUAUCAAAAUACAUUGUCAGUAAUGCACUGAAAAUCACACACUUAGUUUAGAAAAGGAUAUUUAAAUUUUGUAAUAAUAUAUAUAGAAACGCACGUUUACAUAAUUUAAACGUUUGUUGCAAGUUGAACUAGAUAAAACGUUAAAUGCCGACGGAAUUUUUUGGAUUUAAACGUGUGUGUGAAAUACUGAAAAGUUAAACGUUUGUUGCAAGUUAAAUUAAAUAAAACGUUUAAUUACGUUUAAACGCCAAAGCACAUUUUUUUUAUUUAAACCUGUAUGUAAAAUACUGAAAAGUUAAACGUUUAUUGCAAGUUAAAUUAAAUAAAACGUUUAAAUACGUUUAAACGCCAAUGCACAUUUUUUGGAUUUAAACGUGUAUGUAAAAUACUGACAAUGUUAUACUUUCGACAUGUUACUAUCCCAAAAACAUAAUAUGGCUAAUCUAAGCCAAAACACAUAUAUUUUGUUUUACAGUAGUACACUGAAAACCCCACACUUAGUUUAGAAAGGGUUAUUUAAAUUUUGUAAUAAUAUCUAUAGAAACUCACGUUUACAUAAUUUAAACGUUUGUUGCAAGUUAAACUAAAUAAAACGUUUAAAUGCUUAAGCGCAUUUGUAAAAUUUAAACGUAUAUAAAAUACUCAGUUUUAAAACUAAGUGUGACAUCUAAUUAUUGUCACAAAUUUAAUAAAUGGCAAAUCUAAGUUAACAGGUACUUCCUUUGUCAGUUAAACACUGCUUAAUAUAGAAAACAAAUUACAUACUUUAAACGUUUGUUGUAAGUUAAACUGGAUACAACUUUUAAAUGCUGAAGCACAUUUAUAGAAUUUAAACGUAUAUGUAAAACAUUGAAGAUUGAGUUUAAGUUGUAUCGUCACAGCUUUAAUAUAUGACAAGUCCAAAUCAACAGCAACACUUUUUUUGUCUGUUCUAUCCUGGGAAUACCACACUUAGUUUAGAAAACAAUAUUUAAAAUUUUCAGUAAUAUAGAUAGUAACGCACGUUCACGUAAUUUAAACGUUUAUUACAAGUUAAACUCGAUAAAACGUUUAAAUACCAAAGCACAUUCUUAUAAUUUAGACGUUUACGUACCGUACAGAAAAAAAUUUAAAACUUUCAAAAUGUACCUUUGACAUCAUAUUACUGCUAUUUUACACGUUUAAGUUAUGAUAACUUUAAACCUGCAAUCAUUUUUUUGUGAUUUUAUAUAUUAUGAUUCUAGCAAAUUACUUCAAAUGUUGUAUUAACAUAUACAAGUUAAAAUUGAAGCACAUGUACACAUCUAUGUGUGUACACGUUUAUAUGAAUUAAAUGUGUACUAAAAAAUGUUAUACAUAUGAAAUAUUUUUAUGAAAUAAUUACAAACGUUUCGAAAAUUUCAAUGGUCAAGGCGUGGGAGCCUCAAAAUUCCUGUGAGGGCCCUCCAAGUGAAAGACUGGCUUAGUAAAGACAGUAACGUGUACAGACAGCGUCGAGUCGCCAUUAGGCGACCACAGACAUUCGUGAUACGAUCAGAGCCGUACUUAAUUGAAAAGAAACAAGUUUCUAAUGUAAUUACAGCAGAGUAGUGUGAUUUAUGUAUAAUAAAUUCUAUAAUUGUAGAUAAUGCGAGUUAUUAUUGUAAGCACUAGAAGUAUGGCAUUAAAAAA